AUGAAGCUUUAUAAGACUGAUAUUGGAAGCGAGAGACAAAAGUUGACCAAUCUUCCAUCAUGCCUCCUCCUCCCCAACUUCCAUCGUCCCUCCACCUUCUCAACCAUCCCAGGUCCCUUCCCAACCCUCUAUUGUCCCUCUGCAACCCUCCAUCGUCUCUCCCCCUUCGUAGCUUUCCAUCAUUCCUUUCCCUCCUCAUACUUCCACCAUCCCUCCCCUUCCCUAGCUUUCCAUCAUCCCUACCCUCCCCAACGUUCCAUCAUCACCCCCAAGCCUCCCCCUCCCCAACCUUCCAUCAUCCUCCCCUUCCCUCUCUCCAUCUUCCCUCUCCCCAACCUUCCAUCAUCCUCCCCUUCCCUCUCUCCAACCUUCCAUCAUCCUCCCUCUCCCCAUCCUCCCGCUCCCCAACCUCCCCCUCCCCCACCCCCCAUCAUCCUCUCUCUCCCUCUCUCCAUCUUCCCUCUCCCCAACCUUCCAUCAUCCUCCCCUUCCCUCUCUCCAUCUUCCCUCUCCCCAACCUUCCAUCAUCCUCCCCUUCCCUCUCUCCAUCCUCCCUCUCCCCAACCUUCCAUCAUCCUCCCUCUCCCCAUCCUCCCGCUCCCCAACCUCCCCCUCCCCCACCCUCCAUCAUCCUCUCCCUCCCCAACCUUCCAUCAUCCGUCACUUCACCCAGCCUCUGUCGUACUUGCAUGCUCCCCAGGCCGCCGUAAUUCCGGGCUGGAGUAG